CAUGCGCAGUGUGUCUCCUGGUUAGCGCGCAGUCAGGAGCUGUAAAUGGAGUCCAGCGGUCACGCUGACGCGAUAACGCCGAGAACAGACGAAGUGUUAGCGGUGUGGUGUGAGAACGCUAUCCGUGAGCGUAAAAGCAGUGUUAGUGCCAGUUAUUAGCUUGUUAUGUGAUAGCUUAGCUUAGUGUUGUGUGCUCUAUCGCAGCUAGUUAGCUAGCAUAACUGCUACAGCGCAGCGAGGUGGGCUCGGGCUUGUCGUUCUCCUGAAGGCCUGGCUUUAGCUUAGCUUAUCUUAUAGCUUAGCUUAUCUUAGCUUAGCUUAGCAUAGCUUCCGCUAAUUACCAAAUAGUUUGUAAGAACUAGCGAUUCCUGUGUGAUUUUGAAGGCUACAGAGCACAAGGCAUGGCAGACGAGACCGCCGUUGCAAUGCAGCAAAUGUUGGACAGGAGUUGCUGGGUGUGUUUUGCCACAGAUGAGGAUGACCGCACUGCUGAGUGGGUGCGGCCGUGCCGAUGCCGUGGCUCCACCAAGUGGGUGCACCAAACCUGCCUCCAGCGCUGGGUGGACGAGAAGCAGCGGGGCAACAGCACAGCACGCGUGGCCUGUCCUCAGUGCAACGCCGAGUACCUCAUCGUCUUCCCCAAGCUGGGGCCCAUUGUGUAUGUGCUGGACCUGGCAGACAGGCUCAUCUCCAAGGCAUGCCCGUUUGCUGCCGCUGGCAUCAUGGUGGGUUCCAUCUACUGGACUGCGGUCACAUAUGGAGCAGUCACAGUGAUGCAGGUGGUUGGCCAUAAGGAGGGGCUGGACGUGAUGGAGAGGGCUGAUCCACUGUUCCUCCUUAUUGGACUGCCCACCAUCCCCGUUAUGCUCAUUCUGGGAAAGAUGAUACGCUGGGAGGACUACGUGCUGCGUCUGUGGAGGAAGUAUUCCAACAAGCUGCAGAUCCUCAACAGCAUCUUCCCAGGGAUUGGUUGUCCAGUUCCCAGAAUCCCUGCUGAGGCAAGUCCGUUAGCCGAUCAUGUAUCAGCCACUCGGAUCCUGUGUGGAGCGCUGGUGUUUCCCACCAUCGCCACCAUCGUGGGCAAGCUCAUGUUCAGCAGAGUCAACUCCAACCUGCAGAGGACCAUCCUGGGUGGCAUUGCAUUUGUGGCCAUUAAGGGUGCAUUUAAGGUGUACUUCAAACAGCAGCAGUACCUCCGCCAGGCCCAUCGUAAGAUCCUCAACUUCCCCGAGCAGGAGGAGGCCUGAGUGGCCGAGAGCCAAUGUCCACAGCCCUUUACAGACAGAGACAUCACCGAGACCUCCAUGCCACCUGCACCAUGUCGUGUGCGUGCGUGCGUGUGUGUGUGCGUGUGCUGCAGAGCGAAUACAGAUGACUGCUGCUGGAACAGGCUUUACCCCAGCUGCUACGACUUGAGGAAUGUGUAUUUGAGAGGAGAAGAGUGGACAGAGUGAUGGAUGUUGCAGCACACACUGAUGCAUUUCUGAUUCACGUAAGCUGUUCAGUCUUGUCUCUCCCUGAGAAUGUGAUUUUUUUUUUCUCUCUCUCUCUCUCUCUCCUCUCUCCAUGUGUACUAGUAAAGAUUCAGACUUUGUCUCCUGUGUUAUAAUCAGAGCUGGGAGAGGUUCCUUCUUUUCUGUAUUUUUUAGGUUGUGGUACUUUUAAAUUAAGAGUAGGACAUGUGGAAUUAUAAAAGAGUUUUAUGUGAAUAAAUGACUGAUUUUAUAAACACUACUCUGAUGGUGAGAUGGAUUAGAAAUAUUGCCUUUUGGUGAUGACUCUUUCAGUGCUGACUGGGUGACAUUAAUGAUUCAGUGACUCUGCUGUAUAAAUGUAUACUUGUAGCAGCAUGUGCUCAGCCUACAUUACAUUUUAAUAGAGAAAAACACUGGGUUUCUGGACACACAUUGAGGCUAGUCUGAAACUAAAAUUUUUAAUCUACAAUGUAUUUUCAGUUUAGACUAGUAUUAAUGUGCGUCCAGAAACCUGUCUCAGUUGUAAAAUGAUCAGAGAUGCUAUUAGAGCUGGAGUAUCACAUCUACACUAUGACUAAUGUAAAAUCUUUCUGCAAGCUUGAAAAGCCUCCAUCAGUUUGGUACAAUUAAGUUAUGAUGAAAAUGCAAAUUACUAGUCAGUUUUGAUAUUCUAGAGAAUCGUGAGAAUGUGCAACAUACAAAAAGGGACUAGGUGUCUCAUUGCUCACCCAAAAAAAAGCUUUAUUUCUAAAGAAUAAUUUAUUUGAAGGUCAGAUUUAAGAUGUUAUUUAGAACUAACAUCUCCAAGCUGACUAAUUUCUGGUGCUGUUUAAUGAUCUAAAAGAAAAUGAGUCCCUGAUGACCCCGUGAAUAAGAUUACUCUGUGAUCACAUCACCAUGUGGUUUGGAAAAUCAAACUCCCGGAAAAGCCAUUGUCUCUGAUGUAUGGACAGUGUUUCUGGGCGAGCUGCAUCACUGUCCCAACCUUCACUCACUCUUCACGAUCCUGACUACAAUGAACUGGAAGUGCUUAUUCCAUUUCUUCAUGCUAUGCCUGAAAGUUACGCUUCUUUCCAAGAUGAAGUUCCAUGGUUUACUACAGGACAGAUAGCUUGAGUGCAUUAUUAUACUGAGCGUUGUGAGAUGUUUAUCAUGCCUAAUGGAUGAUGGAUCUAAGUGACUUUCUAUCCAUGUGAUCACUACUAAUUUUGUGCAUCUGUGAUUACCAUUUAUAUAUGAUCAGAACAGAGGGAGUGUUGCUAUCAGUGUAUAACAUAAAAAUGGAGGGAUUUUUUUGGGGGGGGAAACAGCACACUAGUAACAGCUGACUGCAGUGUGAAGGAUGACAGCCCUGUGCUCAGCUUUUACAACCUGAUGCAGUCACUUCAGCCCUUAAUGCUAUGUAGCUGCUUUAGCAGGUUUUUAAUAUUACCUGGUAUAGCACUUGUUAUACACUUAACACAAUUGAUCUAAUCCAGAAAACAUGUAGAAAAUGUUCAUGCACUUAGAAAAAAUGUUUGAUAAAAGCCACUGGCUUAUCUUUAUCCAACUGGUUAUUGUCAUUUCCAGCCAAUAGUCAUUUAAUCACUGUGUCUAACAAGUUCUUUGAAUACGUUAGAAAUCUGGCUCACCAUAAUGCCAAACACAAGCAGUGAUGUAUAAAUGUAUAACUUGUAUAUACAGAAAUUGCUUCUGAAUUUACAGUUAUGGUUGAUUUGUGAAUAAAUGUAUUUUUCCAAUGCUUGA